AAUGGUCUGUCGUAAACACGUGUGUAGUCUGCGCCCGUGUGUGUCCGCGGAGUUAUUUUAACAACUGUAGUUGACUCUCAUCCCCAACAUGGCAAAAAGUCUCAGAAGCAAAUGGAAGAGAAAGAUGCGUGCAGAAAAGAGGAAGAAGAAUGCCCCAAAAGAGCUGGCUCGUCUGAAACAAGCCUUAGGCCAGGAUGGGAAAGGAGAUGCCAUCAUGAAUGACAUAGGAGAGAUUGCCACAGUGGUCCCAGCCAAGAAGAUUAAGGAAAAACAAAUGGAUGUCAAAAUGGAGGAGGUAGAGGGUGACGAUGGGAAAAUGGACAUGGACAACAAGCGCAACAAGAAAACACAGUUGGAUGGACAUGGACAGUACCCUGCAUGGAUGAACCAACGGCAGGCCAAGAAACUGAAAGCCAAACGGCAGAAAAAAAAAGGACAAAGCAAAAAAAAGAAGGGCAUUGCCUGGUAGAACUGAGGAAAAUCAAAGGACUGUUGCUUUGCUGUUAAAAAGUUGUGGCUCGGGGAACCUCAGCUCAUGCCAUGUACCCCUGAGUGUAAAAGUGAUAAAUGUGGACUUAAUGCUUUUGAAAGCAUUACUGGUCAGUGGAUGGU